AUGCUCCCUUCCCAGUCCUAUGGCAACAUCUCCUUCUUUCAGCCACCUGCCUUCCUGAUGAUUGGCAUCCCAGGGCUGGAGGCCAUUCACAGCUGGAUCUCCAUCUCCUUCUCCACCAUGUACACUGCGGCCCUCACUGGAAACUGCCUGAUCCUCUUGGCUGUGAAGAGGACUCCCAGCCUGCACCAGCCCAUGUACUACUUCCUGUCCAUGCUGGCCCUCACCGAUGUGGGCCUCACCUUUUCCACACUGCCCACCACCCUGGCUCUGCUCUGGUUUGACCAUCGGCUCAUCGGCUUCAAUGCCUGCCUGGUCCAGAUGUUCUUCCUCCACUCUUUCUCUGUGGUGGAGUCCUCGGUGCUGCUGGCCAUGUCAUUUGACCGCUUUGUGGCCAUCUCCAAUCCCCUGCGGUAUGCAGCUGUCCUCACAAAUAAUGUCAUCAUCAGGAUUGGGCUGGCCAUUGUGAUUCGAGCCUCUGUGUCCCUCUUCCUUGUGCCCUUCUUACUGAAGCGACGGAAUUUUUGCCCUGGCAAGAUCCUCCUGUCCCACUCAUUCUGUUUCCAUGCAGAUGUCAUGAAACGGGCCUGUGCUGACAUUACUGUCAAUAUCCUUUAUGGGCUGUACGUAGUUCUGUCCACGUUGGUUGCAGACUCCCUGCUUGUUGUCCUGUCUUAUACCCUUAUUCUUCAUACAGUGAUGCAUCUGGUCUCUCUCAAGAAGUGUGCCUGGGCCCUUAACACUUGUGUUUCUCAUAUCUUAGCUGUUCUGAUUGUCUACAUCCCAGUCAUUGGAGUGUCCAUGAUCCACCAUUUUGGGAGGCAUCUGCCCGCCAUUGUUCAUACUCUUGUUGCCUAUUUGUACCUGGUAGUGCCCCCUGUGCUCAACCCCAUCAUCUACAGUGUGAAAUCCAAGCCCAUCAGGGAGGCCAUGCUUGGGGUGCUGAUGAGGCAAGGCUGA